AGAAGAAGAAGAGGAGGAGGAGGAAGAAAAACCUAGAUCACGACUUUCUUUACCUAUCUCUGUGGAAUCGAUUGCGAAUAGACACACCAAUAAGAAACAAAAGCCUAUGAUUUCAGCCAAUCCACCCAGUGAACACAUGAAAGAACAGAUUAAGGCGCGUUUUUCUAUUGGUCAGACAACAAGUCUAGAGGAUCCUUUACUCAGUCUACCUACCAAAACAACAAAACCGACCCUUGUGAGAAGAAAGCGAAAAUUAACAGGUGGCAUUAAACUCGUCCAGGAGAAACCUACGAUUGUCCUCACGAGUAUGACGGUUUCUGUUCGUAAACAAUGUCAAGAUAUCGUUCAAAAACUAGGUCAUUAUGAACUUGCAACAGAAGUGACUGAACAUACAACACAUGUAUUAGUGGGUGCACAAAGAAGAACAAAAUUAUUGACCCUGGGUAUUGCAAGAGGUGCAUGGAUCCUGAGACCUGAUUGGUUAAUACAGAGUGAUUCAAGAGGCCAAUAUGUUUCAGAAAAAGAAUACCAAGUGACAGAUUGGUAUCCUGGCAUUGAGGCAGCACAUCAGCGUGUUCCUUUGAUACCCCACGCAACACGUAUUAAAGUAGUUUCAUCUACAAGCGAGAUUGAAUUUAUAGAACAACUGGUGGUCUUGUUAGGUGGGACUGUUGUCUCUAAAGCACAGGAAGCAGAUAUUGUGAUCACAAAUGAACCCAAUGGCAAAAAGAAACAUGUAUUGGAUAACUGGCUGUUUGAGUGUAUUGAACAAUGGCAAUAUCUUCCCAUCAACGAUGAUACAGAAAAAAUAAAAAAAUUAGAAUAAAAUCUGAUUGGUUGACAUGAGCUGCAUGAAUUUUGUUGCAUGUAACCUUUAUAGAUAUAAAAGCAGAUGGCCGAUUUCUUUCUUUCUUUUUUUUAAAAUUUAAUUUUAUUAUUAUCAUGCCUGGUCCUAUUACAUUUUUCUCUUUAGGUGCUGCUGGUGCCACUGCUUAUUAUGUCAACCGCCGAAACUCAAUGACUUCUGAUACUUCUCCUGUAGACAAUGCUAAUAUGACACCAAUUCAAGUUGCUAGAAGACGUUCAAGCACUGUGAUCCCUGAUCAUGAUUGGCCAGCUCAUAAACAAGCUGAAUAUCUCUGGCGUCGUAAUAAUGGAGCUAGCUUCAGUCAUAACUCAGAGCCUAAGUAUCCUACCAGUUUACAAAACAAAGACCUUCAACAAACCUCCAAGUAAAAAUAAAAUAAAAUAUUAUUAUAUCUUU